CUACUUCUAAGGUUUGGGACAGGCAAGGCCUCUUUAGUAGUGAAAGAAUUGAGAAUUAAGUUCGGUUCCAAUCUGCACAAUCAAUCUCUAGAAAAUCUUUACAUCUUGAAUUUCUACAUCCAUAAGCUUCAGUCAACAGCAGAUAUGGCGACGACAACGGAAGAGUGCGAGCAGGUUGCGACCUGCGAAGACGUUCAGACACAGGGAUCUCGAGUAACGGAAGCCCGUGAAGUUCCCCGAAGCGAAGGAGAGAGAGUAGAGGACAGAUCAGUCCCAGUUGACACCAGCAACGACGGCUGCGCUUCUCAAGAAGCUCCAAUGACUACCGUGGUCGAUGUCGCAGCAUCCAUCGCGAACAGAAAACACUCACGGUCUCCAACCCGAGCUGUAGGCUUUACGCGUGUUGCCCCGACCAACAAUCAUGAUUCCCCUGAUACGCUUCCACUUGCUUAUGUUGGUGUAAGAGAAUGGGGCGGCAGCUGGGGGAGCGGGACGAUAUACGAUGAUGAAGAUUUGCUCCCCAACGAGACAGCAAGGCAGACUAGGUCGUCACUCGUUGGCGAAGGGGUGCCUUUGGAAGGGAGUACGCAUCGCUCCACAUCUGCAAGAUUGAAGGAACCGCCUCUGCAUGAGUCUCUUGCUGGCUGUCACUCACCUCCCCUCCCGUGCGCGGAUGAAGGUCGCAACCAACGCGAGCCUCAUGAGGAUGCUGCCGAAUCGGUCUCAGGGGCCGGUGUCCAGUUCUGCCCAUUCCAACUAGGCUAUGAGCACAAGUUCUACAAGUGCGAAUCGAAAACCAUGAUCGAAUUAGCUAAGGUCCAAGAUUCCCAAGCUGUGUGCAACCCCCCACAAGCAGUGGUCAACCCUGGGGACUCGGUCGUCGAGACAGCAGGCCCAACGCUGCCCAGGACUUCAGAAGUUUGGAAGAAGUACCUUGAGUGGAAUGUUGUGGCACGCCCGUACCGAUGGGCCACAUUGAUCUGGCGGGGGCUUCGAAACUUCCUUGCUCGAUUGUCGCCGACGAGGUGAGUUUGUCCACCUAGCUGCUAGAAUAAGGGCGACUAACGGCAUAAAAGCGCCCACACCUCACCCGUCUGACCCGCGGAAGACAAACUUGCAGCAAAUAGGUAUCGCGUUGCUAAAAUCACAUCUUCUGCAGUUGGUAUGUCAG